CUGAUUCAUUCAGUCGCCACUCGGUAGUUAGCCAACGUAAAAUCGAAACAUUGAAGCUAUUUAGACCAUUUUUGUGUGUAUUGAUCUCGGUGUCGUUUGCUUGUUAAAAUUGACACGUUUGUUAAGGUUGAUUAUACUGAGCCUAGGCACUAGGCUAAUGCUAAUUUUAGGUAGCCCAACCAUGAACUCACAAAUAUACUCCCAUCCUGCUAAAGAAGAGGGGGUCUCCUGGACGGAGAAAGAAGCUCUGGGUCUGAACAUUGUCGUAAAAGAAGAGGAAGAGGAGAAUAUUACAGUGAAAGAAGAGGAAGAAGCUUUCAGAAUAAAACAGGAGGAAGAGGAGGCUAUCACGUUGAAAGAAGAGGAUGUUAUAGUGAAAGAAGAGAAAGAACCUUUUGGAGUGAAAGAGGAAGAUGAGGCUAUCUCAAUAAAAGAGAAGGAGGAAGAUGUUUUGGGAGUGAAAAGGGAGGAGGUUGAAGGAGAGGAAGUGGAGGCUGGAGAUCUGAUUGACACUAGAGAGAAACCAGACUCUCACUCUGACAGCGGGAAGAGUCCUUCAGGGGAACCAGACCCAGUGACGCCCAAACCAGCAAGAAAACAUCACUGUUCCCACUGUGGAAAGAGUUUUACCUGGUUAGGGUACCUAAAACGGCAUGAGAGGACACACACAGGAGAAAAGCCUUUCCAAUGUUCUCAGUGUGGAAAGAGUUUUACCGU